AGAAAGUACUAAUUUAGUGGCAAUUUAAAGAGAAUCGUGUUUAUGACAAAUAUUUAAAGAAACUUCAAAUUUUAUAUAGAAGCCGCUGUAUGUUCUAUGCGUAUCUAGAGUCGUUUCAGUAUUGUGACUUCGAUAUAAUUUUGUAAAGAUUAAUUGGAUCAAAGAUCGAAAAAUAACCAGUUUUUUUUAUUAAAAAAUCGAACAUUCAUUAAUUAAUUAAAUAUUACUCAUCUCUAAACUUUGAAUAUUGAGAGUACCGAAUGAAAGGUAGCGCAUAUAUUUAGUGCAACUGAGUGCAAUAGUACAGAAAGUGCAAGUAGAGAUCGUUGACACGUGUCGAUUGUUGUUGAUUAUCGAUUUCUUCAUUUAUUUUAUUGAGCUGAAGAAAACAGUACUUAUGAACAAUGUUACGCAGAAGUCGUUGCGUAUUGAAGUACUCUCGGCCCUUUGUGAGAUGUUUUCACGAAGAAGCGUCUGUUAUUGGCAGUACUCCAGAUACUAAUUCAUCGAUUUAUCAGGAGAAUUAUGGACAAAUGAAAGCUCUUGUUUCUAAAUUGAGAAAUACUGUGGAAAAGAUUGCCGAGGGUGGCGGACAGAAAGCUAGAGAGAGACACGUGAGCAAAGGAAAACUCUUGCCAUGGGAGCGAGUAAACACACUUCUAGAUAAAAAUUCACCUUUUCUAGAGUUUUCACAAUUAGCAGGAUACGAGAUGUACGGUAAAGAGGAAGUACCAGCGGGUGGUAUCAUAACUGGCAUUGGCAGAGUGGAAGGCACUGAAUGUUUGAUAAUAGUAAACGAUGCUACAGUCAAAGGUGGUACUUUCUAUCCCAUUACAGUCAGGAAGUAUCUGCGAGCUCAAGAAAUUGCGGAGGAAAAUAGAUUACCUUGCAUAUAUCUAGUCGACAGCGGUGGAGCAAACUUGCCCAGGCAGGCUGACGUGUUUCCUGAUAAAAUGCAUUUCGGCAGGACUUUCUACAACCAAGCAAACAUGAGCGCUAAGGGAAUUGCUCAGAUUGCGGUAGUUAUGGGAAGUUGUACGGCAGGAGGUGCUUACGUUCCUGCAAUGGCAGAUGAGAAUAUCAUUGUCGGCAAUCAGGGUACAAUAUUUCUGGCUGGUCCCCCACUCGUGAAAGCUUCGACCGGCGAAGAAGUCUCCGCGGAGGAUUUGGGAGGAGCUGCGCUUCACUGUCGACAGUCUGGCGUGACCGAUCAUUACGCGAUAGACGACACGCACGCGCUGCAUUUGGCGCGUCGAGUCGUGAAGGAUCUGAAUAAGCAGUCGCCCAUGGACGUGAAGAUCGCGAAAAAUAUCGAGCUGCCGGCGCAUGCGGUCGAUGAGAUUUAUGGCAUCGUUGGGACGAAUGUAAAACGCCCGUACGACGUAAAGGAGAUCAUCGCGAGGAUUGUGGACGGGUCAAAGUUUCACGAGUUCAAAGCGCAAUACGGUGAGACCCUGGUCACUGGAUUCGCAAGGAUUUAUGGAUAUCCUGUCGGCGUGAUCGCAAACAACGGUGUGCUCUUCUCUGAGAGUGCCUUGAAGGGGACUCACUUUAUACAGCUUUGCGCUCAGAGAAAGAUUCCUCUGAUCUUUUUGCAGAACAUUACAGGGUUUAUGGUGGGAAGAGAUGCAGAAGCGGGCGGUAUCGCCAAAAAUGGCGCAAAAAUGGUGACUGCGGUAGCCUGCGCGCAAGUGCCAAAAAUUACUAUAAUAAUUGGGGGUUCAUACGGAGCCGGAAACUAUGGAAUGUGCGGCCGAUCUUAUUCGCCGCGUUUUCUCUACUCCUGGCCGAACGCUAAAAUAUCGGUGAUGGGAGGAGAACAGGCAGCUGGGGUACUGGCGCAAAUCACGAAGGACCAACGCAUGAGAGAGGGCAAACAGUGGACUCAAGAGGAAGAAGAGAAUCUCAAGAGACCGAUUAUAGAACAAUUCGAGAAGGAAGGCAAUCCGUACUACUCGAGUGCUCGACUGUGGGAUGAUGGUGUGAUCGAUCCGGUCGACACGCGACUUGUGCUCGGUCUGAGCUUAUCCGCGUCUUUAAACGCACCUAUACCUGAUAGUAAGUUCGGGAUUUUCCGAAUGUAAUACGCGUAGAUGUACAAACAUAUAAAACUAUGCUUCGAAAGUGCCAUUAUUAUUGUUAAACGGUAUACGGUUGUUUUCUAUAUUGUUUUAAAAAACAAUGAAUGGAUUAUAUAUUUUAUAAGA